AUGCUAUCGCCUAAGCAGUUUCCAAUAGUGAUCCUCGUGUCUACCAGUAUCGCUUUAGUAUCCUGCUAUAAGGACUCCUUGCACGCCUACGCACCAGAAUACGCCCAUCCAGCUUACUCCUUCAGCUAUGGUGUUAAGGACUUACACAGUGGCGACGUGAAGUCGCAAUGGGAAACGCGUGACGAUGGCAUUGUCAAGGGUCACUACAGUGUCGUAGAACCAGACGGUUCCAUUCGCGAGGUGGACUACACUGCUGAUUCUAAAACAGGCUUCAAUGCAGUCGUUAAAACUCACGGCCCGAACGCUCAUCCAGUGCACGAUCAUGAUCACCACGAGCAUAAGACCCACUACUACGAUGAACAUCAUUCCCAAUCGAAAAUCAAUCAUUUCAGCAAAGGACAGGAUCAUCUCAUCCUUAGUUCCGAUCUUCCACAGCGCGAGAAGGAUAUUGCUGAAAUCAGUGAAAAGAAACGCCCAAUACCGUCCAUCUUGGAGCUGAAACCGCACGUCAACCUCGAGAAACCACUAGUGGCGUACAAGCAUUACGAACCACCGAAGACUGUCUUCCAACACUACUCCUACGACGAACUGAAGCCCCAUCACGUCACGGUAGAGACGGAACACAGCCAUAAACACUAUGUUUCCGACUCGCCCGAUUUCUUCUCCGAGCAGGUCGACACUGAGAAAGAUUUUUUCAAACCAAGCAUCCGUAUCGAGGAAGUGAAAGCACCGGAUCUAUCCAAACUGAAGCCCAUCUCACCGGAUGUGGAUUUUUCACAGCUCUCCGAGAGUGAUCUCGGCCCUUACUACACCAAGGACAGUUUCCGACCAUUCGCGCAGUACACCAAUCACGUCUCACAUCCGGUCACACUGCAGAAAGCAAAAGUUCACACCAUCCAGGUGGACAGUAAGCCGAAAAAGAACCUUCUGAAGCCACUGACCACACCAGGGCUAAAGAACUUUGCCACACCGUCGGUGUACAAAUUUUCCGCCCGUGGACCGGCGCGACCGGACUAUGCUAGCUACUUCAAGACGAAAGCAAGUCGUCAGGCCCGUACUGGUCCGGUUCUUUUCCAUCCGGAUGAGCAAAAGCGUGCCUCACAGCGAAUGGUGCAAUCAAUGCUAUCGCGUCAACAUUCUCGCAACCUUCCCGUGUACGCGAAGAAUUAUGCUUAA